GAGGGAGGGGCAGGACUCCGCGGUCAGGCUGGCGUGUCCCGGAACGCAGAGGCCGCGGGGGCCGGGUGAAACAUUGUACCUCGGGGAACUGAGCCGUGAAGGCUAAUGGGGACAGGUGGGGACAGGAAACCGGGACGCGGGGAGGGGAGCGCGCGCUAAGGUGGACCGUGUCCGGGACGAUCCCAGGACACCCAGGCGCGGGGCAGUCGGACCCAGCGAUACUUCUGCCCGCGGUCCCCAGUGGUUCUGGGCCCUGCCCACCGCGCUUAGGGGCGCGCAGGGUGGAGCUCCCACGUACAGUAGGUGACCCAGGUGCGGGGGAAGGAUCGCGCGUGCAAGACACUCGGUGUGUGUUGUGUCCACGUGGGCAAGCUCGGAUAGGGCAGGGGGCGCAGAAGGCGUGACAAAGACAUCGACUUUGCGUCUGAGUGUGCCCUCGCUCUAGUGCGGAGCAGCGAACUGCCCCGCGCGCGUCUCGCGGGAGAGCCAGGACGAAGGUGACAAAGGCUAGGUGUCCGCCCCAGAGAGACGCACCAAGGUGGCCCCCGCGCGUUGCUCGUGUGUGCGCGCGCUGGGACUCGCAGAGACCGAGAGCCCUCCGGCGAACUGUGUGGGGCCGCUCCCCAAGCCGCUUUCCGAAGGAGGGAAAGCCGAGUCCUCCAAGUGUGUGCGCGUGAGUGUGCGCGCGCCCGCGUGCGGGGGCGUGGCAGUAAACAGCAACAACCCACCGGCCAGCUGGGCCAGAAACUCAGAUCUCCCUCCGCAGCCGGAAAGGGCGUCUAGUCGGAGCAGGGAGGGACCCAGCUGGAGCCUGGCCUGGCAUCCAGGAUGGCCAUCCACAGAACCGUGCUGAUGUGUCUGGGACUGCCUCUCUUGCUGCUCCCAGGGGCCCGGGCCCAGGAGCAGGCCCCACCCGGCUGCAGCCCGGACCUCAACCCCCUCUAUUACAACCUGUGUGACCGCUCUGAGGCUUGGGGCAUCAUCUUGGAAGCCGUGGCGGGGGCAGGCGUCGUCACCACCUUCGUCCUCACCAUCAUCCUGGUGGCCAGCCUCCCCUUCAUGCAGGACACCAAGAAACGGAGCCUGCUGGGGACCCAGGUGUUCUUCCUGCUGGGGACCCUGGGCCUCUUCUGCCUCGUCUUCGCCUGCGUGGUGAAGCCCAGCUUCUCCACCUGUGCCUCCCGGCGCUUCCUCUUCGGGGUCCUGUUCGCCAUCUGCUUCUCCUGCCUGGUGGCCCAUGUCUUGGCCCUCCACUUCCUGGUCCGGAAGAACCACGGGCCCCGGGGUUGGGUGAUCUUCCUCGUGGCCCUGCUGCUGAGCCUCGUGGAGGUGAUCAUCAACACGGAGUGGCUGAUCAUCACGCUGGUGCGGGGAGCCGGCAUGGAGGGCGAUGCUCUGGGCAACGGCAGCGCGGGCUGGGUGGCCGUCUCCCCCUGCGCCAUCGCCAACGCGGACUUCGUCAUGGCGCUCAUCUACGUGAUGCUGCUGCUGCUCUGCGCCUUCUCAGGGGCCUGGUCGGCCCUGUGCGGCCGCUUCAAGCGCUGGCGGAAGCAUGGGGUCUUCAUAUUGCUCACCACGACCGCCUCCAUUGCCGUCUGGGUGGUGUGGAUUGUCAUGUACACCUACGGCAACCGGCAGCACAACAGCCCCACAUGGGACGACCCCACGCUGGCCAUCGCCCUCGCCACCAACGCCUGGGCCUUUGUCCUCUUCUACGUCAUCCCAGAGGUCUCCCAGGUGACCAGGUCCAGCCCGGAGCAGAGCUACCAGGGGGAUCUGUACCCCACCCGAGGCGUGGGCUACGAGACCAUUCUGAAAGAGCAAAAGGGCCAGAGCAUGUUUGUGGAAAACAAGGCGUUUUCCAUGGACGAGCCAGCCUCAGCUAAGAGACCGGUGUCGCCAUACAGUGGGUACAACGGGCAGCUGCUGACCAGUAUGUACCAGCCCACCGAGAUGACCCUGAUGCACAAAGCCCCGUCCGAUGGAGCCUACGACGUCAUCCUCCCGCGGGCCACCGCCAACAGCCAGGUGACGGGCAGUGCCAAUUCCACCCUGCGGGCCGAGGACAUCUACGCGGCCCAGGGCCGCCAGGAGGCCACACUGCCCAAGGAAGCUCUCCAGAUGACCAUCCUGCAGGGCCAACCUUCAGUGUCCGUCCCGCUCUGCUCCAAGGUGAAGCCAAACCAUGGCGAAGCUGGCCAUAGUCCUUCUCACCAGGACCUCCUGCCACCGCCUGGCCCGUGGAAGGCCACUGAGCUGGGCACAGCUCCCUCAAGGCCUCGACAGACUGUGCCUCUCUGAAUGGCCUCCGGGCCCCUCAGCAUCACCACCCCACACUUUCGUGAACUGGGUCUGUUCGAGACACGAGGUGGGAGUGGGGCUGCAUUCUCAGGGAUGAAUGGAGAGUCCUGGGCCUCUCCCAGGACAGACUUGUGGGACUUGGGACAGUCACUUAGAUAAGUGACAUCCGUGACCGAAGAUUGUGCCACUUCCUGAUGGCAGAUGGCGGGGUGUCUACCUCACCUUGGGCACCUGGAAGGGCUGGUGCUGCCAUCCUCAUCUACGACUUGCUCCAUCGGGGCCUGACAGCCACCAAGGGGAGCGGGAGCAUCCUUGGGACCUGAAAGGCUGGCACCGACAACAAGGAUGCGCACACAGCUUCAGACUCGGGGGAAGGAGAUCUCUGUCGUGUCGUCUCCGUGGUUUCUCCAGCCCUUGGGUACUGCCGCUGGCUCAUCCAAGGAGCCCACGCCAGGUGUACCUGUGGAGCUCACCUCUCUGUGGAGAUGGAGGGUGAGCCCGGGGCAGGUGCUGACUCCGAGGGCAAUUCCACAGCCCCCUGGUGCCACCCUCCCAUCCCUAGCAUCUCUGCUUCUGUCACUGGGGUAUUUCUCCAGGGCUAAGUUGAGUGAACAGACCCUGCAGACAGUAGGUCUGUACCCUAUGUGUGACAACCCCCUCGCCAUCCACUGAUUCUUGUACUGGGCUGCCCGGUUCCAGGAAGGGAGUAUAACUUACUCUGAUGAAAAGGAAGAGGGGAGCUCUGUGCACCUGACUCCCCACGAUCUGGGUUAGUGGCCCCAAAACCUCGCCGUGAAUAAAGGCUCUGUCUUGCAUUUC